GAUAACAAGCUUGUCAAAGAGAAAAGCCUUGUAAAUCUUUGUACUUUUGUAACACUUUAACUUUAAGUACCGAACAAAGGGGAACAAUAUAACACAAAUAGUUAAAUGAGUGGCCAGAGAUACAAAUAUAGCUUAUCCUUUAAGGUAGAUAAUACUGAAUAGAAGGUUGAGUUUGUGAAAUGUGAUCUUAAGCCCGUAAUUAUUAACUGAGGUAGUAGUAGGUAGGGCAGUGGUUACUACAGUAUUGUAGAGUGUCAGUAAAAAGUACAUCACUUGGAAAGGCCAUUCCCUAAUACAUGUACAAGAGUCAUGGACAACACACCUAGGAAACUUCAGCUAAAAUCAGAGGUGGGACUGAUAGGAGGAGUGUCCCUAAUUGCAGGGGUCAUGAUCGGCUCAGGGAUCUUCAUGUCCCCGCAGACUGUGCUGCAGAACAUCGGUAGUCCUGGAGCUAGCUUGGUGGUCUGGGCCGGAUGUGGCAUUUUGUCAAUGCUAGCAACACUGAGCUUUGCCGAGCUGGGAACCGUGAUCCGUGAAUCUGGAGGUGAAUACAUCUACAUACUACGCACUUCUGGCAACCUGAUGGCCUUUAUUUUUGCUUUCACAUCCCUCUUGGUUGUGGGGCCAAGCAGCAUGUGUGGACUGGCGCUGAGCUUUGCCCAGAAUGCUGUUGCACCAUUUUAUUAUAACUGUGUGCCUCCAACACUGUUAGUGAAGGCUGUAGCUGCUUGUAGCCUCUUCAUCUUGACCAUAGUGAACUGCCUGAAUGUGCGCUCUUCCAUGGCUAUCACCAUUGUCCUCACGGCAGCUAAAUUCCUUGCACUGCUGGUUAUUUCCAUUGGUGGUGUUGUUUUGCUUAUUCAAGGAAACACUGGUAAUCUUCAAAAUGCAUUUGAGGGGACCAACUACAACGUUGGUGUUAUUGGACUGUCUGUCUAUCAGUGUCUAUGGGCCUACGAUGGCUGGUGCACUCUGAAUUCAGUCACUGAAGAGCUCAAGCGUCCUGAGGUAAAUCUCCUCCGGGCAUUAAUUAUUGCCAUCCCGAUGGUAACACUCCUCUACUUGCUGGUCAAUAUCAGUUAUCUGGCUGCCAUGACUCCAAGAGAGAUGAUGGUAUCCAAUGCUGUGGCAGUUACUUGGGGCAAUAAGGUCCUGGGCAGUUGGGGCUGGGUGAUGUCUACUGCAGCAGCACUGUCAUCCUUAGGCUCUCUGAAUGGAUCGUUCUUCAGUGGAGGACGAGUUUGCUUUGUAGCUGCCCGAGAGGGUCAUAUGCCUAACAUCCUGGCCAUGGCCCAUGUGCGCCGCCUCACUCCCUCUCCAGCUCUUAUCUUCACCACCAUCAUCUCCCUCAUUGUGCUCAUUCCUGGAGAUUUUCAGGGCAUAGUCAACUUCUUCAGCUUUACAGCCUGGUUCUUCUAUGGAGUUACGAUAUCAGGGUUACUCUACAUAAAAAUAAAAUUUCCUGAACUUCCUCGAGCAUACACGGUACCCAUUUUUAUCCCUAUCCUGGUGCUGCUGGCAGCUGUGUUCCUGGUUCUAGCACCCAUCAUUGACAAUCCUCAGCUUGAGUACCUGUAUGUCACCCUCUUCAUCCUAAGUGGAGCUUUGAUUUAUAUUCCAUUCAUUCACUUUAAACUGUGUCCAGGCCUGCUGGACAAACUCACAGUGGUCCUGCAGCUCUUCCUGGAGGUAGCACCAGCUGACAAAAAUGUAUAAAACAGCAUGUCAGACUGUGAGGCAAAGCAUUUUGGCCUCUUGGUCAAUUUUUGGCCCUUAAUGUUCCCAAAUCAAUGUUUCACCAAGUUCAUCAGUCAGUUACAGCUUACACUGUUUAAGUUUUUAUCAAUUAUAAAUUUUGGCUGUGUCUUUAAAAGCAUUGCAUCACAAAGAUUGCUAUUAAAUGAUAGAGCAAGCAUCACACUAGAUACUCAUUGUACUGUAUUAAGAUAAUCUUUAUUAUACUUUUGAGGAAAUAUGCUUACAUUCCUAUGUUAUUAGGAAUUCCUAUGUUGGUGGGGUUUUUUUUUCUCCAAACAAAUAAACAGGUGGAAACUGUA